AUGUUCAUUGUAGAAUUUGCAGAACCUGGAGUCAGCCCAAAUUGCACAGGAUCUUGUGGGAACCGUGGCCUCGACAUCCGAUUUCCAUUCUGGAUCAAGGAUAGGCAGCCAGACCAGUGUGGCUAUCCUGGGUUUGGUCUAUCUUGCAACGAGAGGGACGAGAUAGUGCUCGAGCUGCCAACUGCAGUGAAACUCUACAUAGAAAAGAUUGACUACAAAAAUCAAGUUAUUUAUGCAAGUGAUCCCCAAGAUUGCCUUCUAACGCGAAACUCAAACUUCAAUAUAUCUGUGUUUCACUUGCAGUUUAAGAAGUCCAAGGGCAAUUUUAGCUUCUUCAAUUGUGCUUCAAAUAAGGCAAGAUCUCAGAACAGGAUCAUCCCUUGUCUAAGUACUCUCCAGUAUAACAUUCCUGCCAUUAAUUCAGAACGACUUAUUGGUAUUGACGAUGAGCUGUUAUCUUGUACCAAGAUGUACGACCUGCCUUUUCCGCAUGAUAUUCGUCUGUCGUGGUCCAAUCCCAAAUGUGGAUCUUGUGAAGCAAAGCGAAAACUAUGUAGAUUGAGGAAAAACAGCAGCACUGAGCUUGAAACUGAAUGUUAUGGCAUGGACAAACCAAACAAAGAUGCGUGGAAAAAGCGACUGACGAUAGGUGUAAUCACUGGAUUUUUCCUUUUCGGCAUUCUGGUCAUUGCAGUCUACCAAAUCUAUAGCUUCAACAAAGCAGAAAAAGAAUAUGAAGCCAAGGUUGAAAGGAAACUUGAAUAUCUUGUCUUCUUCAAUGAAACCGUCAUCCACGCUGUAAAGUGCAAACUACCUGUCGUCUGUGAUUGUCCAUUCUCUAUUGAGACGUUCUGUGAACAAUUUGUGGAAGUGAAGAACAAAACAAAUCCCUCUCUCUCAACAUUCUCUCUAGCAGCCAUGACUGCAGCCACCAAGAACCACCAUGCCUCCUCCUCUAAACCACCCAAGAACCUGCACUCCACUCCCAAUACCGCCACCUCAACGACCCCACAAACUAACACCACUCAAAACCCUAACCCCAGCACCACCAACACCACAACCCCUAAGCCAUCCCCACUAUCUCCCUCCCUCAAAGACCAGGUUUUGUCCCGCGCCACCCACAUAACGCGCCAAGAACUCCUCAAAAGAAGGUCCCACAAGCUAAAACAACUAUCAAGUUGCUUCAAAGAUCAUUACUGGGCAUUAAUGGAAGACCUCAAGGUUCAGUACAGAGAGUACUAUUGGAAGUAUGGUGUGAGCCCAUUUAAAGAAGACCACCCAAGCAGCCUUCAAAAACAAGAACAACAGAAACAAGAUGGUGUGGUUGGUGUUUUGGAGAGGGAGAAUGGAGAGAGGGAGGCUAAUGUUGAAGUUAUUGGUGAAGAUAACAAUAAUGCUACUGAUUUGAAGAUUAAUCGUAGGUGUUUGUUUGUUGGUUGUAAGUUAAAGGCCAUGGCUUUGACAAGUUUUUGUCAUCUGCAUAUACUUUCUGAUGCAAAGCAGAAGCUUUACAAGCCUUGCAAUUAUGUCAUCAAAAGGUUUGAUCUUGCUUUACUUUUUUCUUUGAUUUUUGAUUGUGUUGGUGGUGUUAAAGUUUCUAUUUUAGCUAGAUUUUGGAAUCGUUUCAGUGUUAGGGAUUUGGAAGUAAGGGUAAUGAAUCAUGAAGGAUUCAUAAGAUUUCUUUGGUUUGCUAUGUUCUCAAGUGCUCAGGCUGGACCCAUAACUUGUGGAAAGCCAAUACUGAGAUCAACUGCUCCUUCUUUAUGCACUGUCCACUUCCAAAAGGCUCAGAAACAUGUGACUCAGGCUCUGAGGAAAGCAGGCCUUAAUGUUUCCUCGUCAAGUAAGCUUGCUCCUAAGUUCCAUGUCAUCGUGACAGAAUAUGUGCGCCAAAUUCAAGCCAAAAGAAAGUCUGCAAAAGGGGGAGAUCGGAGUGAAAUCAUGGAUAAGGAACUGCUCAAACUAGUCUACAUAAUGCAAGGAAGACUCAUGCUAGGCGUUAAUGUCGUUCUGUUUCGGCAAUUGUCAAAUAUGCCCCUAAAAUACACGGCGAUUGCUGGAUUAGCUAGGCCUGAACUUCAAUGGCUGGAUUCUGUUCAUGCUCUACAAAUGCCUGGUUCAGCAGCUUCAGAGGUUUUAGAACCAGAUCGUUCCAUCCUAUUAUCUGUCAACGUCAGGUUUUGA